AUGAGGAACAGAGUAACCACUCUCCAGGUGUGCCAAGAAACAGCUGUGGUCAAAGAGGAGAAACCUGAUACUCGUAAACCAAGAGUAUCCUUCACAUUGGCUGAUGACGAAGAGUCAAACGAUGGUGUCUCAAUUUUCAACGGAUUAGGUGCUCCCGGCGAAGCUCACGAAAUGGGCAAUAAAACGAAUAAAAGAAAGAAAGAGAAAGACGUGCGAUUCGCUCCAGAUGUGCAACAGGCCGAAAAACCGUCCACUAGCCAGCAGAAAGCGCCUACUGCCAGUUCGUCAAGAGCAGAGCAGGAAGAGGAAGACAUUCUUCCAAUCAAACCACUCAAUGAAGAGGACUUACGAGCUUUCAUCAAAUGCCAGAUUCUCAUCUCUAAUUUUUCUCAAGAACAACUCAAUAGAUACGAGAUGUAUAGAAGAUACUUUUCAUUUCGUCGAAAACUCCGUUUUCCUUCUGCUAACUCGUUUGGAUGCCUUAUCUCUGGCGAGAUCUACUCUACGUCGUGGGCGACAUUCAUUUGCAUCUUUAAAGCUGCCGCUUUUAGAUCUUCUUUCCCGAAAUCGACUAUACGUCGACUUAUACAUCAAUUUACUGGCGCUAAUUUUGGCAGAACGUGCUCAUUGGUUGCAGGACUGCAAAGGGCUGUUUUCGCUUGUGAACUGGUCGAGGAGGCGUUGGAUAUUCAAGCGAAGAUGGGUGGGCCGGAAGAACCACUGAAACCAAACCAUCUCCGUCUCGCCUAUUAUUCUCGCAGCGUCAAGGAGAUAUAUUCUCAGAAUAGUCACCGGCGGAAUCCUUUCAUGAUUAUGAAUGGAACGCCGUACACUGGCGUACCGACUAUACCACCUCCUCAAUUCAGUACGUUUGCCACCACAAUUGAUCCUCCUCGACCCUUGCCAGACUUCGUAUCAAAGGCUCCAUUACAUCCUACGACAACAGCGGCUCAACAACAGGUGUAUUCACCAACAGCAGCUCCGUACCCUGCCGUACAGGCUCAUCUGGAUUCGCCUGCUCCUUCGCCAAACCCUGAAGGCAAUAAGCCUAGCACAGUUCAAGAGUCAUUUGCGAUUACACCAAAUGUUACGAAUGAGACAAAGGAACCACAAAAACCGGCAGAGACGCACCACAAGAAACAUCACAAGUUACCACUGGCUCCAACAUCGUCAAAGUGCUAUGACGCUAAAAGAACUUUCAAGGUAAUUAUUGUAGGCGAUGCAGGUGUUGGCAAGACAUGCCUGUCAUUUCGGUUCUGUUGUGGUAGAUUUCCCGAGCAUACCGAGGCCACCAUAGGUGUCGAUUUCCGGGAAAGAAGUUGUGUAAUAGAGAGAGAAUGCUCAAGCCCCUCAUCCUUUGCCUCGCUUCGCUCCUGGAUUAACGAGUGUGAGAAGAACGGGCUCACAGCGGACUGUGAUGUGCCACGAAUUCUUAUUGGGAACAAAUGUGACCUGAAGUCAUUAGGAGCCUCGCGUGUCGAUACCGAUGCUGCUCAGUGUUCGCUGACUCGCAACAAUAUGGCGCUUUCGAGAACGUCAGCUAAGGCAGAUUCGGAAGCGGACCAUGUUGAGUCGAUAUUCCUGACACUGCUUCAUAAGCUGCAGCAAAGCAAACCCAUGCAUGUGCAGAGUGAGGGAGAACGGCAAGCAAAGGUGGGUGAGAGUCUUGGCACAGAAUUUUUUGUAGUGAACUAA